AUGCCAAACAUUGAAUUCGUCAAGGGAAUUCCUACGGCUUUGGAGCAGGAUUCCUAUUUUGAUGUGAACAAACGGAAUUUGAUCGUAUUUGAUGAUCAGAUGAUUGACGCCAGUAAAGACAAGCGAAUUGUGAACCUCUUUACUCGCAGUUCUCAUCAUCGCAAUCUGAGCGUGAUUUAUAUCGUGCAGAAUCUAUUUCAUCAGGGGAAAGGUAGCCGCAGCAUAAGCCUAAACAGCCAUUAUCUGGUGUUAUUCAAGAAUCCACGAGACAAAUUGCAAAUCUUGACUCUAGCGAAGCAAAUGUCAUAACAGGCCAGAGCGCCGAUUUUAAGUACUAGGCGACUUUGAAAGACGCGUGCUUCACAUAUUUGUGGUGGAUUAGAAUGCCGGCUUGGUCAGAGGCCCUUUGUUUAAAACAUGGCGGGAUACUCGCAGCUUAAGGCAAGCAUGUGCCUUGUAGCUGUCAACAUAAUGCUUUUUAAUUACAUUCUGUCAUAAUUAACAAAACCCGAUCCAUGUUUGAUUGAAAGUAAUUGUACAAAUCUGGUACCAGACAAACCGCUUUUAAAAAACAAAAACACAAAACUAGUUUAUGGUUAUUUCUCAUUAAUUUCACUUGAUCAAAACAAAUAUUUACUUUUAUCAGUUUUCCCGUUUCUUUCAAAACAUCCUUCAUUUCCGGGCGUUUCACCGUAGUCAAUGAAAGAUGCGUUUUAUCGGUCUUCUUUUUUCGCGGGAAUAUCAAAAUUUCCAUCUUUCAAAACGCGAUGAACCAAAGCUCGCAGGAUACCAAAGCGCCAAAGGCGCACGAUGCAGUCCCGGUGUUUUGUGAGCAUCCGUUAAAAAUAUUGAACGCCAAAACUAUCAAGUUUUGGUACAGCGAGAGGCAGCUAGUUUCUGUACCCAAAGGUUAGUGCAUGGACAGGCUAUCGAAAGAAAAUAAAAGGGAUGGUUGCCCAAUGGAUAGCAGGCCUAACUACGCAAAAAAAAUGUCUCAUUGCAUCCUUGUCUGCGAGGUUAGUACUAAAUUUACACUCUAGAAUACAUUACAGAACUCAAUCAGCAACACUUUGCAAGUAGAAUUGGUGAUCAGUGUGGGCAAUUUAUAUUUCUAAGGGACGUCCGUCGCACAAAGGCUUAACGCGCGGGGGUUUUUAGUCAAUGACUGACAUAACAGUUUCCUCACAAUCGACCCAGUUAGAAUGCGAUAAUGUGCGAGUGAACUUUGCCUACAACUGGCAAUAAGCUGAAUAAACCGGAAGCUGAACACCAUGAAUAAGUUACCUAAUUACAUUGCAGGUUCUUUUUCUUUUUUUUCAACUACCGGAGAGGUUUUUCGUGCAUUCUGUUGCGCAGUUUGGCAGUGAUAUUCCUGCAAUGGUUUUAGUACAGGUCCCGUUGCCGAAACCUUGCACCAGCGAGAUACGGUAAUCGAGAGUCGAAAAUCGAGAAUCGAUAUUGUACUCGGGACAAGAAAAGGUCGCCGUCCAAGGAACAACUGAUGAAAAGCAAGAGCUUCAAGCUGCUGAGAAUCGCCAAUUCUGGAUUACAAGCAGUGAAGGAACUCCUGAGAAGCGUCCAAAUUAUAAAGGAACUUUGGAGGCAAGUCAGCCACGGUGAUUGUCGCACCACGCAUAAAGUAGAAUAAAUUUGUUAGCCUGGUCUUGUCUUUGCCACAAAUCACGUAAAACUAUAAAGAAGGUACCACUAUGAACUCUGGAAAAUGAAAAUUCAAUAAUACUAUGGUUGACGACUGACAGUUUAAAAGAGAGACAACCUUCACCUCAGAAUCUUGGGCGCGCCGCCUGUAAGCUCUGAGGGAGAGGGAAGCCCCUUAAUUUGGCCUAUUUCAAAAACAAAUGACACUACAAAAAUAACCUACAAUUAUAAUUUCAAAAGAGAGACUACCAUGACCUCAGAAUCUUGGGCGCGCCGCCUGUAAGCUCUGAGGGAGAGGGAAGCCCCUUAAUUUGGCCUAUUUCAAAAACAAAUGACACUACAAAAAUAACCUACAAUUAUAAUUUCAAAAGAGAGACUACCAUGACCUCAGAAUCUUGGGCGCGCCGCCUGUAAGCUCUGAGGGAGAGGGUAGCCCCAUAUUUUGGCCUAUUUCAAAACAAAUGACACUACAAAGAAGAACUAAAAUAAUAAUUUGAAUGAUGACCGACAUUUCAAAAGAGAGACUACCAUCACCUCAGAAUCUUGGGCGCGCCGCCUGUAAGCUCUGAGGGAGAGGGUAGCGCCAUAAUUAAUUUGGCCUAUUUCAAAAACAAAUGACACUACAAAAAUAACCUACAAUAAUAAUUUCAAAAGAGAGACUACCAUGACCUCAGAAUCUUGGGCGCGCCGCCUGUAAGCUCCGAGGGAGAGGGUAGCCCCAUAAUUUGGCCUAUUUCAAAACAAAUGACAAAACAAAGAUGACCUACAAUAAUAAUUUGGAUAAUGACCGACAUUUCAAAAGAGAGACUACCAUCACCUCAGAAUCUUGGGCGCACCGCCUGUAAGCUCUGAGGGAGAGGGUAGCCCCAUAAUUAAUUUGGCCUAUUUAAAAAACAAAUGACACUACAAAAAUAACCUACAAUAAUAAUUUGGAUAAUGACCGACAUUUCAAAAGAGAGACUACCAUCACCUCAGAAUCUUGGGCGCGCCGCCUGUAAGCUCUGAGGGAGAGGGCAGCCCCAUAUUUUGGCCUAUUUCAAAACAAAUGACAGUACAAAGAAGAACUAAAAUAAUAAUUUGAAUAAUGACCGACAUUUCAAAAGAGAGACUACCAUCACCUCAGAAUCUUGGGCGCGCCACCUGUAAGCUCUGAGGGAGAGGGUAGCCCCAUAUUUUGGCCUAUUUCAAAACAAAUGACAGUACAAAGAAGAACUAAAAUAAUAAUUUGAAUAAUGACCGACAUUUCAAAAGAGAGACUACCAUCACCUCAGAAUCUUGGGCGCGCCGCCUGUAAGCUCUGAGCGAGAGAGCAGCCCCAUAAUUUGGCCUAUUUCAAAAACAAAUGACACUACAAAAAUAACCUACAACAAUAAUUUGGAUAAAUGACCAACAUUUUAAAAGAGAGACUACCAUCACCUCAGAAUCUUGGGCGCGCCGCCUGUAAGCUCUGAGGGAGAGGGUAGCCCCAUAAUUUGGCCUAUUUCAAAACAAAUGACAAAACAAAGAUGACCUACAAUAAUAACCUACAAUAAUAAUUUGGAUAAUGACCGACAUUUCAAAAGAGAGACUGCCAUCACCUCAGAAACUUGGGCGCGCCGCCUGUAAGCUCUGAGGGAGAGGGUAGCCCCAUAUUUUGGCCUAUUUCAAAACAAAUGACACUACAAAAAUAACCUACAAUAAUAAUUUGGAUAAUGACCGACAUUUCAAAAGAGAGACUACCAUCACCUCAGAAUCUUGGGCGCGCCGCCUGUAAGCUCUGAGGGAGAGGGUGGCCCCAUAAUUUGGCCUAUUUCAAAAACAAAUGACACUACAAUAAUAACCUACAAUAAUAAUUUGGAUAAAUGACCAACAUUUUAAAAGAGAGACUACCAUCACCUCAGAAUCUUGGGCGCGCCGCCUGUAAGCUCCGAGGGAGAGGGUAGCCCCAUAAUUUGGCCUAUUUCAAAACAACUGACAAAACAAAGAUGACCUACAAUAAUAAUUUGGAUAAUGACCGACAUUUCAAAAGAGAGACUACCAUCACCUCAGAAUCUUGGGCGCGCCGCCUGUAAGCUCUGAGGGAGAGGGUAGCGCCAUAAUUAAUUUGGCCUAUUUAAAAAACAAAUGAAACUACAAAAAUAACCUACAAUAAUAAUUUGGAUAAUGACCGACAUUUCAAAAGAGAGACUACCAUCACCUCAGAAUCUUGGGCGCGCCGCCUGUAAGCUCUGAGGGAGAGGGUAGCCCCAUAAUUUGGCCUUUUUCAAAAACAAAUGACAGUACAAAAACAAUCUACAAAAAUAAUUUGUAUUAUGACCGACAUUUUAAAAGAAAGACUAUCUUCACCUCUGAAUCUUGGGCGCGCCGCCUGUAAGCUCUGGGGGAGAGGGUAGCCCUUAAAUUUGGCCUAUGACACUACAAAAAUCACCUACAAAAAUUGUUUGGAUUAUGACCGACAUUUCAAAAGAGAGACUACCAUCACCUCAGAAUCUUGGGCGCGCCGCCUGUAAGCUCUGAGGGAGAGGGUAGCCCUAUAAUGUGGCCUAUUAAUUAAGUAAAAAGCAAGUAACAAUACAAAGGUAACCUGAAAUAAUAAUUUUUGGAUUAUUAUGAAAAUGACUGAUGUAGAAACCAUACUGUAUCUGUGACGUUGAUUAUACAGAUCGCCCACGCGAACACGAAGAUGUUGAAGUGGAAGCUAGAAUAUCUGGAGUAAUCCAGCGUCUUGGGCUCCUUCCAGCGAAUAAGAUUUUGGCGGGAUUUCGACAGUGCUUGGCGGGCUUUUUGGAGAGUGAUUUGUCACUGGAGGCACAUCGACGCUUACAUCGUCUUAAGCCAGAGAAAAAAGACUUGAAUCCUUCGCCGUUUGAUCAAAAAGGUAGUCCAUUGAAUCAGAUAAUCGGUGUUGCUGUUCCUCAAGGGGAUGUGAAGUAGAGCUCGAGCUCUCGCCUUCGUUUUCUCCGGCUACUAUAAAAUGUGAAUUGUUGACGGCUUUUCUCAAACGUUCAAAUAGAGAAGAUUUAAAAAUUUCUUUGGUCAGGGUCUUUUCCAAGCCGAGUUCCUUCCAAACCGGAGAAAGAUGUGCCAGCAGAGAGUGUAUUCCUACUUGCGGCUCCACAGUAAAAACUUGAUACGCCGACUCGCUGUUUUCGCUUCGAAGGUCACCAAUGUUGACACGGCAUACCACUCUUGGCAGAAGUUAAAUAAGCCAUCGAAGCACUAUUUUCUUAAAAGAAAGCACUUGAAAAACCAUUGAAAGCGUAUCAAGCCUAUUUGAAUCCAAAUGCGGCGAGCAAACUGUAGUUAUCAAUUGCGAAGCCAGAGGAGCGAAGAUCGACUUCCAAAUUUUCAAUCGACCGUGAAAUGAAUUUAUAAUACCCAAAUAGUCUGAUCAAAUUUCGCGUUUCCUUGAGAUGUCUGGUUCGUUUAAUCAGAAGUACAAAGUUCCUUGACAGGCAAUGUGUCCGGUGCUCUCCAAAGGUGUCUGGAGGAAUGCUUAAAACUAAUUACCUUGUCUGUUAUUGGAAACCGAUUUGCGGUGGUUGCUGUGGAGAUUAGGCCUCCUCCAGCGCGCACUAAAAUCGGGCCUCUGGCCUGUUAUGUCCCGGGCAGACGGAUUUCUUUUUAAAUCAGUACGAAGAGGCUGUAAAAAGACCUUUUGGUUAUCUUCUGAUUGAUCUGAAAACUACUACCCAAGAUAAUUGUCGGUUGCCAACAAACGUCCUGCCCAGUGAAGAAGGCUUUAACCAAGCAGGGUUUCAAGAAAAUAUUCCUCAAGAGCUCCUAAAAUAUCUGAAGCAGCAAACUCUUUCCCCUGUCCCACUUCUUCCGGCUAUGCAAGAAAUACAGGGCAACAUGGAUGACGUGCUUUCUCGAAACGAUCUUCGGGACGAUGAAAAAGCUAAGCGAUACGUUCAGUUGCAAAACAGAUACCUGGCUUUUAAAGAACAAUUAAAUACAAGAACACGACCGGAAGAAAUAAUCAGUACUGUUCCAGACUUAACAUCAAGGACACAAGAUUCUUCGACAGCAACGACAGCAUUCUCCACUCCCCUCAACCCCUUUAAUGUAACACCUGAAUUAAGACAAGCAGCUAUCUCUCAAAAACCUGACAAAGAAAGCCUCACCCCUCCACCACCCUUAAAUCCUGCUUUCCUGACCCCUCCUCUCACAGUAGAAACCCUAUCACAACAAGGCCCGAAGCGCAAAAGGCGUCGGAUUCAAUUUCUAAAUUAUUUGGAUGAUCAUAAAUCUCAUGGCAAACAGCUGAAGAAACGUCGGCAUAAGAAAUUCAAACCUUACAAGUACUCCAUGGGCGAAGAUGAAGAUUAAUUAAUUUCCAUUCC